AUGGCUGCUACGCUGAAUGGGAUGAUAUACUCAGCCCCAGAUACGCCGUCGCCCGUCUAUCCCGAUAGACUGAUCCGACCCCUCCCCAAGCGUACCAUCCGGUCUCGGUUGUCCGCCAAUGCGGCCGAUUCGAUUCUCUAUCCUCCUGCUCCACCAGCAACGCAGCUUUUCUACGGAGCUUGUGCAACAAACGGGGAUCCUGUAAAUGACACCAAAGUAUACGUACAACAAGGCGACGGGGGUCGUGAUCUAAGUCCUGAUAGUCGGGAUCACCACAUUCCUUAUGAAAAUGGCGUUGACAUAGACAGCGGUGAUGAUGACGGGCCGGUGGUUGUCCGACGGAGCGCUGGGUUUCGUGGGUCGUCUUUGUCACCCACGCCUUCCAAUGUACAACAAACACUUCCCGGCAUGGGGAAAGAACAACCGACCAAGUCAUCUCCCACCGGGCCGGACGGGUACGACGCUUUUGAGAACACUAACAACAAGAAAAAGCGCAAGAUUCCCACGCCUGGUAAUAUGGGAAGUCACCAUUCUUCUCUGUCACCAGAAUUUGCGACGAUGGCAUUAGCGAACCCUGGACAAUCCUCAUCGCCUGGGGAGGGCGGACAUGUGAGUACGUUCUACGGCACAGGCAGUCCCGCGUCACCAGUGGGCAAUGGAAUGUCUGGCUCGGGCAGAGGCCGCCUUGGACGCCAAGGGAGACGGUCGUCAAUACAUGGAAAUAUCAGUUGGCCGCAAAAUCGUGGUGGUAGUCGUCGGGACGGGCCGUUAUCCUCCCCGGGACCAACAGGUGAGCCUGGCGCACGCAACCAUGGCAUCAUUUCCGCCGCCAUUGCAAGUGCCGCAGCAUCAGCUUUCUCGCCGUCUUCGCAACGAGUCUCCGUUCAAGGUAGCAUGCUUGAACAACAGACUACACCCACGAGAACCCAAUUUACUUUCACAUGCGAAUCCGACUCGUCCAAAGGGAUGGCGUUGCACGCACAAAACCCAUAUCCAUCUCAGCAUCGGUCGCCGGUCGCCCAACCCCAAGCGGGGAACAACUCCCGAGGAGUCUCCACGCAAGGCACGCAGACCAGCCCGACUGUUCCAGCGCAGAUGAGCCAGCAACAAAACACCCAAACACAACCACAACCACAGCAAGCACCCGCAUCUACAGAGCCACCCCCAGAGAGGAAGAAAAAGAGGUCGCCUGCUAGCAUUUAUGCGCUGGCUGCCCGCCAACGGAAGAUUCAACAACAAUAUACAAACCUCCACCAUCCACCUAGUCUUCAAGAUAUCUGGAUUUGCGAGUUCUGCGAGUACGAAAGCAUCUUUGGGCGUCCCCCUGAAGCUCUCAUUCGCCAGUAUGAGAUCAAAGACCGCAAAGAGCGCAAACGGUUGGCGGAGAAGAAGAGGCUAUUGGAAAAGGCCAAGAUGAAGGGCCGCAAGCAUAAGAAAGCGACCAAGAAUGCAACAAAGCAUGCAUCUCAACAUGGAGCAUAUGACCAUGGCUACGACCGGGCUUCCGUUGAUCAUUCUUCGGUAGGCGGGGAAGCGCCGCAUCACGAUGACUUCGGACCUGAGGACGAUGAUGAAGCGACCGCCGCUGCUCCACCGGCUACCCUCGCAGGGACGUUCAAAUCUCCGCUUCCUCCAGGAAGCGCGGCCAAGAAACCCACGGCAGCGUCAUCAGGCGGUAGAGGAGCAAUAGAAGGAGGAAUGAAGCCGCCCUGA